AUGCGAGCUACUUUGGUAUUCGUUGUUGUGAUCUUCGCGCUCUUCUGCCUGAUUGAGGCACGGCCACAGUUUGGAUUUGGUGGCGGAUUUGGUCAUCAUCGUCAUCAUGGCUUUGGCGGCUUUGGCGGUUUCCCCGGCGGCUACGGCGGCUAUGGCGGUUAUCCAGGAGGAUAUGGAGGAUAUCCAGGCGGCUACGGCGGUUAUCCCGGUGGAUACGGUGGUGGAUUCGGUGGUGCCAGUGCAAGUGCCUCAGCCUCAGCAUCUGCAGGCGGUGGUGGCUUCUAUGGCCGCUAA